ACUCAGGGACACAGAAUUGUUACUGAGGGACACAGAAUCGUUACUCAGGGACACAGAAUCGUUACUCAGGGACACAGAAUUGUUACUCAGGGACACAGAAUUGUUACUCAGGGACACAGAAUUGUUACUCAGGGACACAGAAUUGUUACUGAGGGACACAGAACUGUUACUGAGGGACACAGAAUUGUUACUCAGGGACACAGAAUUGUUACUCAGGGACACAGAAUUGUUACUCAGGGACACAGAAUCGUUACUGAGGGACACAGAAUCAGGAGUGGCAGAGGAGGCAAUGUUUCAGGAGCGAGCAGACGUGGCAGCAGAGGAAGCCAGUGCUGCUCCCGGUGUCAUCCAGCGGUCGUGUCUCCACCGACAACCCUGCCGUCAUCGAUUGGUUGGCUUGGUCGUCUUCCUCUUCCCAGGUCACCUCUGACACCUACAGCCAACGGUCGGUGGGUACGUCAGACACAACCGUUAGUUGGCAUGGCCCGGGAGCAAGCCCACUGAAAUCACGUGUCCUCUACCUGCCCCUGUCCUUUGGUGUUCCCUCACCAAGCGAAGUAUCGCAUGCUGUGGGCUCAGCCCCACUGUACAGUGAGGAAGAGCUAACAGAGGGCGGUCAGGAACGGGGGGAGACAUCCGCCUCUUCAGCAGCCAGGCGAAGAAGUACUGGCGAGGAGAGUGGCUCGGUAGCCGGUCUAGAGACAGGUCUGUCUCCUGACCCA